GAUAUUCUCACCGAACUCCAGGGAUACUUGCCCUCGGGUGGUCAUCAGGCUGCAGAGCAGCAAUCUCUACGACUGGAUGCUCCCCUAGGAUCUUCCCUCAACAUUGGCCCAAGCGUUGUUGAGAACUCGUUUUUCUCCUCCGAAUCUUUGCCCAAUCAUGAACCUGCCAAGGAGAUGAUGUACGAAACCGUCCACUGGUCAGAGAUUACAUGACUAUGUACCCACGCCGGUGCGCUCGGGCACUGACGAUGAACUAUGGUCCCAUCUAUCACAUAUUUUGGAGCUCCAGAGUGAAAUUUCAAAGAUGCAUGUUGAUAUGGAGACUGUCGGCUUGCGGACUGCACGAGGUCAUAAUGCACCAGUUGUCCCUGAGCGCGAAGGAAAGGCAAGCACUAUCAGGAGCGAGACGAGGAAGAACAGGACGAGAAGUGAUACACUCGGAGAAGAGGAAGGUGAUGAUGAGAGCGAUGAAGUGACCGAAGGAGAAGAUUCGGAUGACAACGACGAGGUAUUUGGGAAGAGGAAACGGGAAGAACAAUUUACAAGACUGGCGGAGCGGUUUGCGGACAGAAAAGUUUCCAUUGACGCCGUCAUGAAUAAGUUGGACAACCUUUCGAGCGCACUCAAGGCCUUUCAUGCGCUACCCACUCCAGUACUCGAUCUUACAUCCUCUCGUGCCAGCACCAUGUCUUUCAAUGCUCCACUAGUAACCACUGAUCGCCCUACUGGUGCGGCCCCUGCGGGUACCCCGACGACAUCAGCUCCCCCUCGUUUGUCAGUACAACCACUAGUAACGACGAUUAUAGAUGACUCGCAACACGUGGAUAGCCCAGUGGGCAUGCAUCCCCCACAAACCAUCCUCGAUCGCAGUGGCGGCAAGAAGUAAGCUUUCAUACCCUUCUGGAUGCAUCAUAUGGUUUGGGAACAAGUCUUACAAUACAAAUAGCGUCGAGAUAGUUGACACUGGCUAUAGCUAAUAUAUUACAUUAAAUCACAAGCAGAUGAAGAAAAAACAUGAGCCUUUACAGUGAAAAAGCCUACUUCCUCAGGAAAGAGUCCAGCUCC